GGAAACGGAAGAAAACAACGACCCUUUCCCUCUAUCGGCGACGCGCGACGCGCGACGAGCUCUCCGCCGAAGCAUACCUGUCUCGCCAAGAUCUACCAAGAUCUCUCUCCGCCGAAGCUUGCCGCCUCCCUCUAUCGCCGACGCGCGACGAGCUCUCCGCCGAAGCAAACCUCUCUCGCCGCGAUCUAGGGUUUUUUGCUGGCUUCUCUUCCCUCUCUCGCCGGCGGCGCAUUCCUCCCUCUCCUGCGGUGUCUUGCGAUCUAGGGGUUUUUCCUGGCUUCUCUUCCCUCUCUCGCCGACGGCGCACUCCCUCUCCUCCGAAGCUUUCAAGGUGCCGCGAUCUAGGGUUUUUUGCUGACUUCUCCUCCCUCUCCUCCGAAGCAAACGAGGUACACAUACUGUUAUUAUUUGAUGAUUCAUUUUCAAAAGUUAAAGGAUUCAUUUGAUAAACAACACAACCCCAAUUCUCGGUUGGUUUAGAUCCCUCGUUCCUCGACCCUUCUUCGUGACCUCGAUCCUUUGCAUCGCCGUCGCUGUAGGAGGUAGCACACGGCGCCGCCUACCGGUUUUUCUCCCCUCUUCCUGCUUUAUGCGGAUGGCGACGGUUCCUCCCCUUCUUAGUCUCUGCUGACGGCUGACCGGACACGACGUCGACUCCCGGCUUCUCUCCACUAUUUUCUCAACUCUAGCUCGAACCAUUCUUUUAAUGCUCUAAGCAUGAGCCUAGCGGUAGAAUCUCCAUUGCAAUCUUCAAGUAGCGGAGAAGACUUUGCCGCUUUUCUUGAUUCAGAAUUGGAUUUAGCUUCCUCCGAGAGUUCUCCUAAUGAAGAGAAUGUGAAGAAUGACGAGGAAAUUGAUUUGCAAGAGCAAAGGAGUAAAAGACAAAAAUUGGAGGGGUUUGACACUUUAGAAGAUCUUGAAACUGAAACAUUGGUCGAGCCAAUUGAAGAACAUAUUGGAACAUCUACGGCUGGAAAGUAUGUAAUCUGCCCUCCACAUCCUGGAUUCUUCAAAGGAUUAUGCAUCAGAUGUGGACAGAUAGAAGAAGAUGGAUCAGGUGUUGCAUUUGGUUAUAUCCAUAAGUAUUUAAGGCUAGGCAACGUGGAAAUUGAGAGGCUUCGUGGCGCAGAUCUAAAGAAUUUGUUGCAUAAGAAAAAAUUGAUAUUGAUCUUAGAUUUGGACCAUACUUUACUCAACUCUACAUGCUUUGCUGAUAUCACUUCUGAUGAAGAAUAUUUAUUUAGACAGAUCGAUGGCAUGAAAGAUGAUCCUGACAGAAGCUUAUUCAGAUUGGAUACUAUGCAUAUGUUGACAAAGUUGAGGCCCUUUGUUCAUAAUUUUCUGAAAGAAGCAAGUUCUUUCUGUGAGAUGUACAUUUAUACUAUGGCAGAGCGUUCUUAUGCUAUGGAAAUAGCCAAGCUUCUUGACCCUGAUAAAGUGUACUUUGAAUCAAAGGUUAUCACUCAAUCUGAUUGCACCCAGAGACAUCAAAAAGGCCUGGAUGUGAUACUUGGUGCUGAAAGUCUUGUGGUGAUUCUUGAUGACACAGAAGCUGUCUGGCAUAGGCACAAAGACAAUCUAAUUCAGAUGGAGAGAUACCAUUUCUUUGCUUCUAGUUGUCGUCAAUUUGGUUUUAAUGCUAAGUCAUUGUCUCAACUGAUGAAGGAUGAAAGAGAAUCUGAUGGUGCGCUUGCUACUGCUCUCAAGAUUCUUAAGCGGACUCACCAGAUGUUUUUCGAUCCAGACGUUGCUUCUGAUGUGUCAACAAGAGAUGUAAGGCCGUUGCUUAAAGGUAUACGGCAAGAAAUAUUACAAGGGUGCAGAAUAGUUUUUAGUCGAGUAUUUCCAUCAAAGUCGCCGGCCCAGGAUCAUCCAAUCUGGAAGAUGGCGGAAAGAUUAGGAGCUACAUGCUAUACGGAAGUGGACCCAUCGGUGACGCACAUCAUCUCGACAGAUACAGGUACCCAAAAGGCACAUUGGGCAGCACAAAAAAAGAAGUUCUUGGUUAGUCCACACUGGAUCGAAGCAUCAAACUUCCUGUGGCAACGUCAGAAGGAAGAGGAUUUCCCGAUUAGCAAUCCACGAAGCCGCAACAGUUGAUUUCACUGCGAAAGCUUCAGAAACUGUUUCAUGAAGGAUCUGUUCUGUUGGUCUGCUUGAAUCAGUUUUACCCAUCUAUAUUUGUUGUGGAUACUUCAACUAACUACUACAAGCUAAUACACCAUCUCAUUUUAUGAGCAUUUUAAGUUGCCAAACCAUUUAUAUCAAUGGCAGUACAUUGAGCUGUUUUAUCUC